AUGGGUCGCAUCGCAACCUCGUCGAGCAAGAGGGGCGCGGCUCCAAAGCCGAAGUCGUCUCGCAAAGAUACACACAUCAACACCGUGGCUUCCCGCCGCCCCACCAUCAAGGCCCGCCGUGGCAUCCACCAGUGGAACCUGGAGAAGCGCUGCUUUCUCCAUCUGCUAUUCACCGAGUUUGAGCGCGAUCCGGUGGCGUUCGCCGAGUUGACCCAAGCAUGCUUCGAAGACAUGAGGCAGAUGGAGUACAACUGCACCUACAAAGACUUGCGCGAUCUUUGGAACGCGCGCUACCUCUCCUCGCAUUCCAAACAAUGGUGGAGCAUCGCGCGUCCCUAUAAUGGCAUUCUCGGCGUUAGACCUCGAAAUGAUGUGCCUUACAACAUGGCCGAGCUUGCUGAGUGGGCUCGACUUCGCGCCAUGAUCAACCGCGUCGCCGCUGGCAACGGAAUCAACCUUCGGCUGAAAACACCACUCAACAAAGAGCUUCACGAUCCGAAUGGCGCUUUCAUUGCUCCCGCUACCUCUUCCCUGGCAAUCUCGCCAACCUUCUUCGCGCCUCUCGCGCGUGCAGCCACCGGCAUUGGACCGCCGCGCAGCAAGACUGGUGCCUCCUCGGUACCGAAGAAACGCUCCCAGAGGGCACCGCGGAAGGCCUCUACUAUUUCCUCAUCAAGCGCAAAGCAGCUCAAACACCAGAACGCGACUCCAGCGAACAGUCCGCGCGAGAGAAGACGGGCAUCGAUACCUGUGUAUCGUGAGGACAGUGAUGAUGAGGACGAAGAAGGCGGAGAUGCUGACAGCACUAAGAGUGACGGCGAAUACGCGCAGGAUGCCGGCGAGAAUGAGGGCGAACAGGAUGGUGAAGAAGAUGAUGCCUUUUAUCAAGACGAGGGCCUCUACCUCUCUGGACAUGAUGACGACGAGCAGUGGGAAGAAGUUGUUCGCUUCGAGGAUGCUCAGGAUUUUGAAGAGGCUGAAGAUGACGAAGUCUUCUACGCAGCACCAAUCUCUGAGCCCGGCUUUGAUCUGCGUCUGGUCAAGGAACCACGCACUCGCAACACAAAACAAGCGCCGGUCCAUCAACGCAAGCCAAACUUCACUCCCAGCAGCCUACCCAUGGUCCAUCACGGCGCUCUCACAACCGUUGAGCUCGACGAUGGCUUUACCAUUCUCUCUGCAGCAACCUCGUCUCGCUUCGGCGUCGGCGUGCCCUUACGUGAAGAUGACCUUGAGGAUGCUGAUACCGCAGCGUACAACGACGGCGGCGCUGCGCUACGCCUCUACUAUCCUGGAACCGAUCUUUGCCCAGGACACUUUGCGGACACUAUGAUCUGCAACCCUGAGCGUUGCCAGAGCGCAGGCUGCGAUGCCAUCGAAAAGGCAUACACCUUCACGGCGAUGGACUGGGCUAGCAAGCCAUUCGUGCACUUGGACGAUACUGUCAGUACCAGCGAUGGUGGUCCAGAGUUCUUUCCUGACAGCACCCUCGGUCCUACGUUCGCUGACGUUAAUCCCGACUAUCUGUUGGAAAUCGAUGUUAUAUUUCACAAUGGCUUUGAGCAAUUCACUGUUCCAGCUCUGGUGUGUUCUGAGGGCGACUGUCGGCGGUGCGAGCUGAGGAGUCGUCAGGAGCCGGCUGACACUACUGAUGGUAUGUCGGAGGACCCGACUCAUGAGGCUGAUGAGGAUGAUGAGGGAGAUGAGGGAGAUGAUGAGCAGGAGGACCAAGACGAUAGAAGAAACAACCGGGAACCAGAAUACUUCUUCGAUGAGCAGGAUGAUGGACAACCUGGUGAGGUCAUCGACUGGGACGAUGACAUGGAGUUUGUUGGCGAUUACGAGGCGGUGCUUCAGAGUAUCGAGACGGCCGAUGCUGGCGACGAGGAGGAACGCCACGACAAGCGUCCUCUCCAAUCUCUUCCUACUUCUUUUGGCAUGCCCGUCCUCGGAGAUAUGGCGUUCGCUGGUUUUGGCGAGUGGCUUUUCACGAACCAUGCGAGUAACAGCGACCGGCCACGCGCAUUCCAGGACGAUGAAUAG